AUGGCACGUACACCCAUAUAUCCUGAAGCCGAAACACUCAUCGCAGCAAAAAAGCUUGCAAAACAAGAAAAUGGAUACACUUGUAGAGUCUCAUUUUGUCGAAAGACAAGUGAACUUUCUGAGAGUGCUUCUCUUCAAUUAGAUGAUUUUAAUCAAGAAGAGAUCAAUAAAUAUUUCAGACCGUGCACCGUAGAUCCCGGCCAACACAAAAGAAAGCAAGAAUUAGGUUUAACUAAAAUUGAAACUGAUAUCCGAACACUAAAAACAGUAUCAUCAGAAGAUUACCUUCAACAUGUGUUAUACAUGAUGGAGCAUAUGAGCCACUUAUUUGAAUUUUAUGGGUUUAACACUGCAAGAUAUCGAUGGAAAAAAACUAUGUUGGCUCUCAAAUCGUUAUAG